ACACAGCAGCACAAAGCAAGCUGGAAGAUCGAUGAGCAGAGAUAAACAUCGCCUAAAUAAGAUUCAUUUCUGGUAGAAAAGAUGUUAUUUGUUCUCUGCUGUCUGCUGCUCUUUGGCUCCGCCUGUGUCAUUUCCACCUACGGACCCCAGCAACGAGCGCAGAUGACGGGUGAUAUCUUGUUAGGAGGACUCUUCCCCAUUCACUUUGGUGUUGCAUCCAAAGACCAAGACCUGGCAGCACGGCCCGAGUCUACACAAUGUGUCAGGUUUAAUUUCCGUGGGUUUCGCUGGCUCCAGGCCAUGAUUUUUGCAAUCGAUGAGAUCAACAACAGCAGCAAUCUCCUACCCAACAUCACCUUGGGAUACAGGAUCUUUGACACGUGCAACACGGUGUCAAAAGCGCUGGAAGCUACUCUCAGUUUUGUGGCACAAAAUAAGAUUGAUUCCCUGAAUUUGGAUGAAUUUUGCAACUGCACGGACCACAUCCCAGCCACCAUCGCUGUCGUAGGAGCUGCCGGGUCCGCAGUUUCCACAGCAGUGGCCAACCUACUGGGCCUUUUUUAUAUUCCUCAGAUCAGCUACGCCUCAUCAAGUCGACUACUGAGUAACAAGAACCAGUACAAGUCCUUCAUGAGAACCAUUCCCUCAGAUGUUUACCAGGCCACAGCAAUGGCCGAUGUGAUCGAGUAUUUCCAGUGGAACUGGGUCAUCGCCGUGGCCUCUGAUGAUGACUACGGUCGGCCCGGUAUAGAGAAGUUUGAGAAAGAGAUGGAGGAGAGGGACAUCUGUAUUCACCUCAAUGAACUCAUCUCUCAGUACAUGGAGGACCAUGAAAUUCAAGCGUUGGCUGACAGGAUUGAGAACUCCAGCGCCAAAGUCAUUGUGGUGUUUGCCAGUGGUCCAGAUAUGGAGCCUUUAAUCAAGGAGAUGGUCAGAAGAAACAUCACAGAUCGUACUUGGAUCGCCAGUGAAGCUUGGGUGAGCUCAUCUCUCAUUGCUAAACCCGAGUAUCUCGAUGUUGUGGCGGGGACUGUUGGUUUUGCUUUAAAGGCAGGACACAUCCCUGGAUUUAAAGAGUUCCUCCAACAUGUCCACCCAAAGAAAGACAAUCAAAAUGAAUUCAUCAGGGAGUUUUGGGAGGAAACAUUCAACUGUUACCUGGAAGACAGCCCUCGACUCCAUGAAAGUGACAAUGGCAGUACAAGUUUUAGGCCUUUGUGUACCGGUGAGGAGGACAUCACUAGUGUCGAGACUCCAUACCUGGAUUACACCCAUCUUCGUAUCUCCUACAAUGUCUAUGGUGCGGUUUACUCCAUCGCACAGGCCCUGCAAGACAUCCUCACCUGUACACCUGGACAUGGUCUUUUUGCAAACAAGUCCUGUGCAGAUCUUAAGAAAAUUGAAGCAUGGCAGGUACUAAAGCAGCUGAGACAUCUAAACUACACCAAGAGUAUGGGUGGAAAGAGGCAUUUCGAUGAGAGUUCAGCAAACUACACCAUUAUAAACUGGCACAGGUCUGCAGAGGAUGGGUCUGUGCUGUUUGAGGAGGUGGGAUACUACAAUAUGCACUCAAAGAGGGGAGCCAAGCUGCUCAUUGACAAGACAAAGAUUCUGUGGAAUGGACACAGUUCUGAGCAAAUAACUGCAGUAUUGAGCUUAGCCUCAGUGCCCUUCUCCAACUGCAGUGAGGACUGUGAACCUGGCACCAGAAAGGGCAUCAUAGACAGUAUGCCCAUGUGCUGCUUUGAGUGCACCGAGUGCUCGGAUGGAGAGUACAGUAACCACAAAGAUGCCAGUAUUUGCACUAAGUGUCCCAAUAACUCCUGGUCCAGUGGUAAUCACACCUUCUGCUUCUUAAAGGAAAUUGAGUUCCUCUCCUGGACUGAACCAUUCGGAAUAGCUUUGACCAUAUGUGCAGUACUGGGCGUCAUAUUGACAGUUUUUGUAAUGGGGGUGUUUGUUAAAUUCCGCAACACACCCAUAGUGAAGGCCACAAACCGAGAACUGUCUUACUUGCUGCUCUUCUCGCUCAUUUGUUGCUUCUCCAGCUCGCUCAUCUUCAUCGGAGAGCCACACGAUUGGAUGUGCCGUUUGCGUCAGCCAGCUUUUGGCAUCAGUUUUGUACUUUGCAUUUCUUGUGUCCUUGUCAAAACCAACAGAGUGCUUUUGGUGUUUGAGGCCAAGAUCCCGACAAGUUUCCAGCGUAAAUGGUGGGGGUUGAACCUGCAGUUCCUCCUGGUGUUUCUCUUCACCUUUGUCCAGGUCAUGAUAUGUGUGGUGUGGCUUUACAAUGCCCCCCCUUCCAGUUAUAUGAACCAUGACAUCGAUGAGAUCAUUUUCAUCACCUGCAACGAGGGCUCUGAGAUGGCUCUUGCCUUUCUCAUUGGCUACACCUGCGUCCUGGCGGCUAUCUGCUUCUUCUUUGCAUUUAAAUCCCGCAAACUUCCAGAAAACUUCACAGAAGCCAAGUUCAUCACUUUUAGCAUGCUUAUAUUCUUCAUCGUUUGGAUCUCCUUUAUCCCCGCCUACUUCAGCACUUACGGCAAGUUUGUUUCAGCAGUGGAAGUCAUCGCCAUUCUGGCAUCCAGCUUUGGCGUGCUGGCCUGUAUCUUUUUCAACAAGGUAUACAUCAUCAUCCUCAAGCCCUCCAGGAACACCAUCGAGGAAGUCAGGUGCAGCACGGCGGCCCACGCCUUCAAGGUGGCCGCCAAAGCCACGCUCAAACAUGGCACGGUGUCCACGAAAAAGUCCGGCAGCAUCGGGGGAUCAUCCGCCUCUUCCCCGUCGUCCUCCAUCAGCCUCAAGACAAAUGGUGAUGGCGGCGAGACGCCUUCUGGGAGGCACAAGCCGAGGGUGAGCUUUGGCAGCGGGACAGUCAUGUUGUCUUUGAGCUUUGAGGAAUCCAGGAGGAGUUCUUUGAUUUGAUAGUCUAACUUUGACAUAUUUUACCUUGGACUUUAAGUAAUGUCAUCAUCUCUAAUGUGCUUGUUUGAACUAAUGUAAUAUUUGACACUAUAUUCAUACAUUUUGUAUUCACAUUUGUUUAUGUUUAUGAUUACACAGGGAUGUCUAAAAUCUGUCUCGGGAACACUUAUGGACACUUUAUUUUUUUAAUUGGCCUGCUACAUACUGUACACAUUAAAUUAAAUGCAUCAUAACGUUAUGAUGGAGGAUUUGGUCCACUCUGUAAUAUUAUAAGAAAAAAAUGACAAGAUAUCAAACUGACACUAAUAACUAUUUUCUAGUUUAAUAGUUUAACUGUUUUAAUAAAGAAAAUGUGAAGAAAAUAUCAGUAGUUAGCUGAGGUCUAGCUGUAAUUUGUUGUCACAGUAAAGGGAA